AUGGCACCGAAUGGUGCAGCGCAAGUAGACGUGGCUAGACAGGCCCUCUGUCGCGCUGGUAAUAUCGAUCCAUGUACAGUAGACUACAUCGAGGCUCAUGCUACAUCCACACCGCUCGGAGACCCUGUAGAGAUCAAAGCAAUGGCCGGGGUGUAUGGACCAGUGAGGUCUCCAGAGAACCCCUGCUAUCUUGGCUCCAUCAAACCCAACGUUGGUCACCUUGAAACGGCAGCUGGCGCUAUCAACAUUGUUAAAACCGUUCUUAGUGUGCAAAGAGGAAUUAUCCCACCCCAGAGGCUCUUGGAAAAUUUCAAUACUAACAUCGACUGGGAUUCUAGCGGUCUGAAAGUCCUACGCGAAGGAAAGAUAUGGCCUGAAAAUGGCGUGUGGCGAGCGGCAGUGUGCUCGCACAGCUACGGGGGGUCUGUCUGCCACGCCAUCAUCGAGCAGGCGCCACCAAAGCCGAUGCACAAAUCCGAAUCUCGUAAUAAGAAGCCUGUUACGGUGACCCUGUCAGCGAGACAGAGAGAUCGUUUGCCUAUCUAUGCGGCUUCACUGGCACAUUGGCUGUCCGCUCAAGGCGCGUCCGAGAACAUGAUCACACGCCGGAUAGCCUAUGAUCAUAGACUAUCCGUUGAAGUCUCGAGCCAUGAGUGUGCUAUUCGAAGUCUGCGCAGCUACGCAACUGGUAAUCCGAAUGCAAGAACCAUCAGCAACCGUGUCAUUAGGAGCGCAGCUCUAAAAGGAGUCGUAUGGGUAUUCUCAGGUCACGGAGCUCAGUGGCCCAAUAUGGGUCAGCAGUUGCUUCUCAACCUCGUCUUUCGCAACAAACUUUCCGAAAUGGAAGUAAUGUUCCUGAGAGAAGCAGUCUUCUCCACCAUUGAGGCCUUGCAACAGGGCGAACUUGGGGGUCUGGACAAGAUUCAAAUGCUUACGUACGCGGUACAGAUCGGACUGGCCUUCGUCCUCCAAGCAGAAGGUGUCGCUCCUCAAGCUGUCAUUGGGCAUUCAGUCGGUGAAAUCUUAGGUGCGAUCUACCAUUUGAAGAAGUCGCUGCGCAGCUUGGUGGAAGGGAAAAAUAUCGUCGCUACUAUCAAGUCAUCUCCCUCGACGUGCGUAGUGAGCGGCAUAAAGGGAGAAUUUGAAGAAUAUCUGCGUCAAUUGAAAGAUCAAGAUGCCGCCGUGGAGCAUGGCUUCCGCGUCUUCCUUGAAGCAUCAACCCAUCCCAUCGUUUCGCAGUCGAUCAAAGAAAUUUUGGAAGCACGGUGUCUAGGCGAGCAUGCUACUUUUGGUGUCAUGUCUUUCGACGAGCCAUCUGAUCGCAGCAUUGCACAGGCUAUCUCACGGCUGUACACCUUGGGUGCACAUGUUGAUUUCAGUGCCCAGCUCGGCGACGGCCCAUGGUGGAACAGACUUCCCAACACACUGUGGAUCCACAAACCGUAUCGGAAGAUUCCAUCUUUCGGCCCCAGGCCCUGUGUCCAGUUGCUUGCAGCGACACAUGUGUCUGGACUACAACUCUGA